UGGGAGGCGGAGUCUUUGUCCUGUUGACCAGCUCUCAUCAAAUAAAUAGAGAGAGAAAAAGCAGUAAACUUGCUCGCAUUCUAAUUGAAUUGCCCGUAAAAGAAGUUCGCCGGAGGAGAUUGUUGAUUGAUUUAUCGGGUACGAUUGCAAAGCUCAAAGCUUGGAUCCUUUUGUGAAGUGUUUGUCGAGAAAGAUUAACCGGGCUGGUGUAAAGCUGAAACACACUUGAGUCUUGACAAUAAGAAAAGAAUGACCUCGGUACAUGUAGCUCCUCCAUCAGGUCUAAGAGAUCCUGGUCGGAAAAAUGGUGGUUUGGAUAGGCUUCCAGAUGAGAUGAGUGAGAUGAAGCUCAAGGAUGAGAAGGAUAUGGAACCAGCUGUCGUAGAUGGUAAUGGAACAGAAACUGGUCAUAUAAUCGUGACAACAAUUGGUGGAAAAAAUGGCCAGCCAAAACAGACAAUCAGCUACAUGGCCGAGCGUGUUGUGGGGCAGGGUUCCUUUGGUGUAGUGUUUCAGGCAAAAUGUCUAGAAACCGGUGAAACUGUUGCUAUCAAAAAGGUUCUUCAGGAUAAGAGGUACAAAAACCGUGAGCUGCAAACCAUGCGCUUACUAGACCACCCAAAUGUUGUGUCUUUAAAGCAUUGUUUCUUCUCGACGACUGAAAAGGACGAGCUUUUCCUUAACUUGGUGUUGGAGUAUGUUCCGGAGACUGUUCAUCGGGUGAUUAGACAUUAUAACAAAAUGAACCAGAGGAUGCCAAUAAUAUAUGUGAAACUUUAUGCUUAUCAGAUUUUUCGAGCUCUAGCAUAUAUCCAUGGUAGUAUUGGCGUAUGCCACAGGGACAUCAAACCACAAAACCUAUUGGUUAAUCCACAUACUCACCAAGUCAAACUAUGUGAUUUUGGGAGCGCUAAAGUGUUGGUGAAAGGAGAACCAAACAUUUCGUAUAUAUGUUCAAGGUACUAUCGUGCUCCUGAACUGAUAUUUGGUGCUACAGAGUACACUACUGCCAUUGAUAUCUGGUCGGUUGGAUGUGUUCUUGCUGAACUAUUGCUUGGACAGCCCCUCUUUCCAGGUGAGAGUGGAGUCGACCAGCUUGUCGAGAUAAUUAAGGUUCUGGGCACACCAACAAGAGAGGAGAUCAAAUGUAUGAACCCUAAUUACACCGAGUUCAAGUUCCCCCAAAUAAAAGCUCAUCCAUGGCAUAAGAUAUUCCACAAGCGCACGCCAGCAGAGGCUGUUGAUCUCGUUUCAAGGCUACUUCAGUACUCUCCAAAUCUGCGUUGCACUGCGCUGGAGGCAAUGAUCCACCCUUUCUUUGACGAGUUGCGUGACCCGAAUGUUCGGCUACCAAACGGGCGAUUUGUUCCACCUCUAUUCAAUUUCAAACCACAUGAGCUAAAAGGUGUGCCGGUCGAGUUGCUGGGCAAGCUGAUCCCCGAGCAUGCAAGAAAGCAAUGUUCAUUACUUGGACUCUGACAAUACAUAGUCUUCUUAUUUGUAUUCAACCAGCCGAGAUUGGAAAUGAAAUGUCUUUGUUUGUUUGUAUUUUUGUUCUAUCUAGGUUCUUCUUGUAUUUAUUAUUACAUUUGAUUGUAGCAGCAGGACCAGNAACU